AACAUUUGAAAGUAGAUAAACAGAUUGAGGGUAGAAGAAAGUGCAGAAAAUAAAAAGAAACCCCUGAAACCGCUGCUUCGUCCUCCAAAACACGCACGCAGAGAGAGAGAGAGAGAGUUUUCCUUCCUUUUCGUACCUCAUAAUUUUACUUAUUUGCAUUUUCAGCCCAACCCACCGCCGCUUGUAUGUAUAACAAUGGAUAUUGGAGGAGAAUUUCAGAGACCCCAUGAAGGAAACCGAGUGUAAGUGUUUUGUAACGGAGACAUGUGGACAUCAUCAUCCGAUGCUGUGUGGGGACUGCGAGUUGAAUUUCCUAUGCUGGCACAUUCCCCAAGCCAAAGGAACAGAAAACAUACUGCAAAGCUUAGAUCUCGUACUAGGAGAAGACCGCCGGUUGCUCACUUAUUUCAUUCAUGGAUGGGGAAGAAAACUCAACGACUUGGUAUUAUUCCAGCUUUGUUAAGAGAUGAAGAGAAGAUCUUGCAUUAUUGUGGAAGUGCCUCCUUGGUGUCGAAUUUCUACCUAAGUGAUUGCAAAGAUUCUAGUGUUAGAAGUAAAUCACGUUUUGUCGAGACUUUUUCGUUAAGUGACCAGAUUGUCGAGGAGCCUUGGCUGUUUCAGUCAUCCCUUGUCUCUCACCGUGUUGCAGAUUUAGAUAAUUCAACUGAUACUGUUAAGGAAAGAGAUGUUUUGGAGUUUUCUGAUGGUGAUAAUCCGAACGCAAAAAUCUUGAGUCAAUCCAGAUUUAGUGAGGAUUUAUACCACGAGCCUGAUUAUGAUGUGAAUGGAACGAACAGCCCUGAACAAUACGAACCUGUAAUAGAAAAUUAUCCGGUUGAGGAGCCGUGGAUUUUUGAAUCAUCUGCCAAUUUAGCCCGCUCUAUAAUCAAGAUGGUUCCAAAUGAGUGCAUUGUCGAAUCUGACAAGGAUGAGGUCACUCAGUCAGCACUUACUGAGCAGCUUCAGCCCGUAACUGAGAACUUGCUGUACGAGGAAGGAAGCAAUUUGAUGACACAGGAGGACUCAGUUUCGACUGUUAUAUUGAUCAAUUCUUCCGUAUGCACCGUUCAAAGGAUUGCUGUUCUUGAAGAUGAUGAACUAGUUGAGCUAUUGUUGGAACCUGUAAAAACCAAUGUGCAGUGCGAUAGUGUAUACCUAGGAGUAGUAACAAAACUAGUUCCCCACAUGGGUGGUGCAUUCGUAAAUAUUGGCAGCUCAAGACCAUCUCUCAUGGACAUAAGGCCCUACAGAGAACCAUUUAUAUUGCAUUCGUUGCAUGAUGCUAUGAAGGGAAGAGAGGUAAAUGGUUCCGUAUUUGAUAAACCUGGAGAACAGGUGGAUUAUCCUGAAAAUGGAGCCUUCACUAAUGGCGUUGACGAACCAGAUGAGGUUGAUGAUGACCAAAGUGAUGAUGAGUUUGAAGGUCAUGAGAACGAUUUUCAUUUUGAUGUUUUAGAAGUCAUCAAGGAAAACGUAAAUGGUGGUGUUGUCGGACAUCAACCUGAGGUUGAUCCACAGAGAUUCUUGAAACAGCUAAAUGGAGAUGUUGACCAGUUGGAGACUAAAAGUAAGCACCCGGAUGCAAGCAUUAAUGUUACAGGGACAGAUGAAAGUAAGUGGGAACAAGUUAAAAAGGGCUCGAAGAUAAUUGUACAAGUUGUGAAGGAAGGUUUGGGUUCAAAAGGACCCACAUUGACUGCUUAUCCAAAGCUGAGAAGCAGAUUCUGGGUACUGUUAACUCGCUGCAGUACAAUAGGAAUUUCAAAGAAAAUCUCUGGUGUUGAGAGAACACGAUUACGGGUUAUAGCAAAAACUUUGCAGCCUCCUGGAUUUGGGCUCACUGUGAGGACAGUUGCUUCGGGUCAUUCAUUAGAGGAAUUGCAAAGGGAUUUGGAAGGUCUGCUAUCAACAUGGAAGAGUAUAGUGGACCAUGCAAAAUCUGCAGCUCUUGCUGCAGAUGAAGGUGUUGAGGGAGCUCUCCCUGUGUUGUUGCACCAGGCAAUGGGCCAAACGCUCUCAGUUGUCCAAGAUUAUUUUAACGAAAAGGUGAAGAGUAUGAUAGUUGAUUCUCCACGGACAUAUCAUGAGGUUACCAACUAUCUUCAGGAGAUGGCUCCCGAUCUUUGUGACCGGAUUGAGCUAUAUAGUAAAAGGACUCCCCUUUUUGAUGAGUACAACAUUGAAGGAGAAAUCAAUAGUAUUCUCAGUAAAAGAGUUCCUCUGGCUAAUGGUGGUUAUUUAGUGAUUGAACAAACAGAGGCAUUGGUCUCCAUUGAUGUAAACGGUGGCCAUUGUAUGCUAGGUCAAGGGACUUCACAAGAGAAAGCUAUUCUUGAAGUCAACCUUGCUGCAGCCAAACAAAUUGCCAGAGAACUAAGGCUGAGAGAUGUUGGUGGAAUAAUAGUGGUAGAUUUCAUUGAUAUGUUGGAUGAUUCAAAUAAGAGACUUGUUUAUGAAGAAGUUAAAAAGGCCGUCGAGAGGGACCGAUCAAUGGUCAAAGUCUCUGAACUAUCCAGACAUGGGCUUAUGGAAAUAACUAGAAAACGGGUUCGACCUAGCGUCACCUUUAUGAUCAGUGAACCAUGCACCUGCUGCCAUGCAACUGGAAGAGUGGUAGCUUUGGAGACUUCAUUCUCCAAAAUUGAACAUGAGAUCUGCCGACUUUUGUCAACAAUCGACGAGAAAGCGGAUCCUGAAAACCCGAAGUCGUGGCCACGAUUUAUUCUAAGGGUUGAUCGGCAUAUGUGUAACCAUCUGACCUCUGGAAAGAGGACAAGGCUAGCAAUUUUAAGCAGUUCUCUCAAAGUCUGGAUUCUCCUAAAGGUGGCUAGAGGGUUAAACAGAGGGGGGUAUGAGCUGAAACUUUUGACAGGUGAAAACAACAUAGACAACAAGAAUCAAAAUGAAGGUGGUGCCGCCAUCUCUCUAUUGCGACCAAAAGAGGUAGUAACUUACUCCCCCGCCCGAAAAGCUACACUUUUCCCCAUCAAAAAGUGGAAGACGGGUGGCAAGUCUUAGCUCUGUAAACGGUGUUUUUUCUGUUGUACGUUUUCGUUACUAGUAAAUAGCAGUCAUUUUGUGCUCUACUAGAUAGGAUUGAAAGUUGCGUUACGGUCAAAAUUUUGGUAUAAUUUGUUUGUUCAAUAGAAAUAUGCUUUUUAUGUUUUCUU